GCUCAUUCCCCUGCUCAUACCUAGUUGACUUUGCGUUCUGAAACGUGAAACCCUCACAUCUAUUGAGAUUUCAAGAUCUUCUCCAUUCCGAAUCUCCCCAUUAGACUCCAUGAAGAUCACCCAAAGAAACCCUUUGGUUACUACCCAUUUCUACUUAUUCCUUAUCAUCCAUCUCACAAUCUCAACCACAGCCGAUCUCCUCUACAUACCCUCUGAAAACAUUCUCAUCAACUGUGGCUUUCCUUCCAACACUACUGCAUCCUCCAAUGACCGCAAUUGGAUCACCGAUAUCGGCUCUAACUUCAUGUUCUCUGCACAACCCAACACAUCAACCACCUCUGAAGCCUCAAAACAAUCCAUUUCCAUCCCCCAAAUCCCUUACAAGACUGCCCGGCUCUUCUAUUCCCAGCUCAAUUACUCAUUUUCCGUCUCACCUGGCCCAAAAUUCGUUCGCCUCUACUUCUACCCAGAUUCCUAUUCCGGCCUAAACCAAUCCGACGCCUUCUUCACUGUCUCCUCCGGUCAAUUUACUCUCCUUAGCAACUUUAGUCCCUCCCUUACCACUGAUUACCUCAACCAAGACUACUUAAUCAAAGAAUUCUGUAUCAACAUAGAAGGCCACACAUUGGACAUCACAUUCACUCCAUCUCAUGGCUAUGGUUUUGUUAAUGGAAUUGAGAUUGUCUCAAUGCCUCCCAAUCUCUACAUUCGCGACGAAUUACUCCCCUUCGUGGGUCAGCUGAAUUGGUUCGAAUUCGAUAAUUACACAGCUUUGGAGACAGUUUACCGAUUAAAUGUCGGCGGGAAUGAAAUUCCACCGGAAAAUGAUACCGGCAUCUUUCGUACCUGGUUUCAGGACAGUCAUUACAUAUUUGGUGGUUCAUACGGUGAAACAAGCAAGAAAACAGAGGUGGGUAUUCAUUACCCAUCAACUGUACCCCCUUACACUGCACCAGAGGAUCUCUACCGGACUGCAAGGGUCAUGAGUCUAGAUUCUGAAAUCAAUAUUCACAAGCAGCUCACCUGGUCGUUUAGUUUGGAUACUGGAUUCUUCUAUCUUUUUAGGUUUCAUUUAUGUGAGACCAGAGAUCAGAUAACGAAGCCGAAUCAGAUAGUGUUUUAUAUUUCAAUCGGUAACGAGACUUCAGGAGAUCGAAUGGAUGUUAUAAAGAGGAGCGGCGGCAAUGGAGUACCAGUGUAUGUAGAUUAUGUUGGGAUGGUUGUUGCAGAGGGAAACUACAGAGGAAAACAAGAUCUCUGGAUCUCCCUAUAUCCUUGCAUUGAAGCGAAUCCUAUGUACUAUGAUGCAAUAUUGAAUGGGCUAGAGAUAUUCAAAUUGAAUCACACUGAUGGUAAUCUAGCCGGAUCUAAUCCUCCACCAACCAAUCCAGAUCGGGUUCACUCUGGGACUCCAUCUCGGCGAUUAAUACUUGUUGUCGGAAGUGUCGUGGCCGGCGGUGCGAUUGCAAUCUGUCUGGUAUGUUUCUUGAUUUACCGUUAUGGCCGGAGUUUGAAGGACAAGAGUUGGGUUUCUCUAGCGAAUAAUAACCGCCGCUACUUGUCUCUUGUGGAGAUUACAAAUUCAAGACAGUAUGAGCAAGUUGGUUGAUGAAGCGAAAGGUGAUUGCAGGGUUA